UUAGCGAAGAUUACAGUCAGUAAAGUGCUGCACAAGACUGCCUCCUAAUCCCUGUGUGAAAGGGAUGGGCAGUGCACCGGCUGGAGCUGAGUUUCUGCAGAAAGCUGGGAUGGCAGAGGCUCCCAGGUCAUGUGACUGUUUCGUGUCCUUGCCCCCCGGGUCCCACCACGACCAUGUGAUUUUUGGGAAGAACUCGGACCGACCCCGGGACGAGGUGCAGGAGGUGGCCCACUACCCGGCCGAGUCUCACCCUCCAGGCUCCAUGCUGGAGUGCACCUACAUCCAGAUCCCUCAGGUGGAGCAGACCCACGCUGUCGUCCUCAGCAAACCUGCCUGGAUGUGGGGGGCCGAGAUGGGCGCCAACGACCAGGGAGUCUGCAUCGGGAACGAGGCCGUCUGGACCCGAGAGCCGGUGGCUCCUGGAGAGGCUCUGCUGGGGAUGGACCUGGUCAGACUGGGGCUGGAGCGUGGAGACAGUGCCUGGGCGGCGCUGCAGGUCAUCACCGGCCUCCUGGAGCAGCACGGUCAGGGCGGGCAGUGCAGGGAGACCCCCGAGCCCUUCAGCUACCACAACACCUUCCUGCUGGUGGACCGAGCCGAGGCCUGGGUGCUGGAAACCGCCGGGAGGCUGUGGGUGGCGCAGAAAGUCUCAGAUCCGGUGAAGAACAUCUCCAACCAGCUGACCAUCGGCACCGAGAUCUCGGCCGAACACCCGGAGCUGCGCAGCGUCGCCCAGGCCAACGGAUGGUGGGACGGCGAAGGACAGUUUGACUUCUCUCAGGUGUUCAGUCCUGAAAACCCUCCGGCCCGCAUGGAGCUGGCCAAGCAGCGCUACAAGGGAGGAACCGAGCUGCUGCGGCAGCACGACGGCUCGGUGACAGCGGAGGUGAUGAUGUCCAUCCUGAGGGAUAAAGCCAGCGGCAUCUGCAUGGACUCCGGAGGUUUCUGCACCACCGGCAGCAUGGUGUCGGUGCUGCCCGCCGACACCAGCCUGCCCUGCAUCCACUUCUUCACUGCCACCCCGGACCCCUCCAGGUCUAUAUUCAAGCCUUUUAUCUUCUCGGACUGUUCCACCCCAGUGCUGAGGGUGGUCUCCCCGCAGUUCGGCCCGGACGACCCGGUCAGGAAGCAGCCUCGCUUCCAGAGCCAGGUGGACCGCAGACACGACCUGUACAAGGCCCACCAGGUGGCGCUCAGCAACAUGGACUCCAACCCGGAUGAAGGUUUAGCCGUCUACAACAUCCUGAGGGAUCUGGAGUCGCAGUGUCUGAGCGAGAUCUCCGCCAUGCUCCGAGGAGAGAUACCCGGAGACGAGCUGGGCGACUUGUUUUUCGACUGCGUGGACACAGAGAUCAAGUUCUACCAGUGAGGAGCGCCCUCCAGUGGACACCCCCAGCGCUCACAGGGAAGCAGCAGAAGGCCCCGGGACUGUUAAACUCUUCCUCGUCUGACCGGCCUCCACCUCACAUCUCUGACCCCCCGUUUCCAUCCCUAACACAGACUAAAUGUCUCAGUGCACAUGUGAUCGGAGCAUAUUUAACCAUCUGUAUCACCCAGGGAGCAGCGACCUCGUUAGUGAGUUUAAUGACGUAGACUACACAGGCGCCACGUAGAGCUGUGUGACGUUUGCACAAAUGCUAUGAGUUCUGGCGAUUUGUUUAACAUUUUGUUUGUUUGUUGUCGCAAAGGAAUGGGUUGUCAUUUUGUCUGAUGGCUACCUGUAGGAGAGUUCUAAUAAAGAAUGUGCAUAGCCCGUC